UGGUCUCCUUCAGACACCUCUAGCCCGACAUGAGGGCGUAUUCCAUGUAUUACAGCAACGCGCUGCCCAGUGAUUCAAAGGCACAUACAUUUAGAACACUGGGGGCUUUGUGCUCGCAUACUUCUCAUGUUGGGCCAGCUGUUGCGUAAUCCUCUCCGUUGUUCCCGUCUCCUCAUGGUGCCAUGCUGAAGGUGUUGUUAGUGAUGCACCUGGCAGCAGGUGGUUGUCAGAGAAUCUGGCAGCUUUGUUCAUUCAAAGUCAGCGGGGGGGAAUCCUCUGUGCUCUCCUGGUGCUCACAGUGUCUCAGACACAGUGAGGUGGUGGAACCAGGCCAGGGUCAGGGGUCAAUGCUCAGGUGCCUGGUUUGUAUUCAGUCGGUGUACAUGUCUCUGAUCUUUCAGGGAGAUCACAUUGUGAGCUUCACACGAGAACUUGUGAGUUAUUUCAGGUUAUAGUUUGGCAGUAUGGAAGCUUUGACCUUAAUGACAUCCAGAUGAAGAUCUCCCUGUGUGAGUCCUGGAGCAGCCUGCCACAGCACCACCUCCUCACGCUCACUCCGCAGCUGACGACUCAUGGAAGUGAAAUGACAUCAUGUUCACGUCAGCUGAUCUCUGUUCUGAAGUCCCUGGUCUGUCGGAGUAUCUGCUGCGUCACAUGUGACGUAGUUCCACCCUCUCCAGGCUCUUCCCUGCUCCCUAUCUUCUUCCUGAUCCAGAAACAUUCAUCCUCUGCCAGCAGCCCUCUGGACAGCCCCAGGACCGCGUCCGCCAGCGCCUGCCUCAACUUCCCGUUUGCCCGAAGUCACUUGGCUCGUGCUGACAGGGCGGAGGGCCGGCGGUGGUCUCUGGCCUCCCUCCCCUCCUCCGGCUAUGGAACCAACCCGCCCAGCUCCACGGUGUCGUCCUCCUCGUCCUCCCAGGAGCGUCUCCACCAGCUUCCCUACCAGCCCACUCAGGACGAGCUGCACUUCCUCUUCAAGCACUUCCGCAGCACCGACAGCAUGACGGACGAGGACGGCAGGACCUCCACCCUCAUACGACCUCGGUCCCGCAGCCUCAGCCCCGGGAGGUCGAGCGUCUCCUUCGACAAUGAGAUCGUGAUGAUGAACCACGUGUACAGGGAGCGCUUCCCCAAGGCCACGGCCCAGAUGGAGGAGCGCCUGUUCGACAUCAUCGCCCAGUGCUCCGCCGACGGCUCCCUGCCGCUGGCCGACGGGGUCCUGGGCUUCAUCCAGCACCAGCUGGUGGAGCUGGUCCGAGACUGUCUGGACAAGUCCCGGACGGGCCUGGUCACCUCGCCCUACUUCGCUGAGCUGCAGGAGAAGCUGGAGAAGCUGCUGCACGAGGCCUACGAGCGCUCUGAGAGCGACGAGGUCACCGUCAUCACCCAACUGGUGAGGAAGAUCCUCAUCAUCAUCUCACGGCCAGCGCGCCUCCUGGAGUGUCUGGAGUUCGACCCCGAGGAGUUUUACCACCUGCUGGAGGCAGCAGAGGGCCACGCCAAGGCCGGCCAGGGCAUCAAGACGGACAUCCCACGCUACAUCAUCAGCCAGCUGGGGCUGACCCGGGACCCUCUGGAAGAAAUGGUUCAGCUGGACCAGUACGACUCCGCUGCCCCAGGGGAGCCAGGCGCCCACGUGGAGAAUAAAGCUCCGCUGACUCCGACUCGAAGGAAACCUUUUGAGAGUGACUUUGAAACCAUCAAACUCAUCAGCAAUGGAGCUUACGGGGCCGUGUACCUGGUCCGGCACAAGGAGACCCGCCAGCGCUUCGCCAUGAAGAAGAUCAACCGCCAGAACCUGGUCCUGAGGAACCAGAUCCAGCAGGCCUUCGUGGAGCGGGACAUCCUGACCUUUGCGGAGAACCCCUUCGUGGUGUCCAUGUUCUGCUCCUUCGAGACGCGCCGCCACCUCUGCAUGGUCCUGGAGUAUGUGGAAGGGGGCGACUGUGCCAACCUGCUGAAGAACAUGGGCCCGCUGCCCGUGGAGAUGACCCGGCUGUACUUUGCAGAGACCGUCCUGGCCCUGGAGUACCUGCACAACUACGGCAUCGUGCACCGGGACCUGAAGCCGGACAACUUGCUGAUCACGUCCAUGGGCCACAUCAAGCUGACGGACUUCGGCCUGUCGAAGAUGGGCCUGAUGAACAUGACCACCAACCUGUACGAGGGCCACGUGGAGAAGGACACCAGGGAGUUCAUCGACAAGCAGGUGUGUGGCACUCCGGAGUACAUCGCCCCCGAGGUGAUCCUGAGGCAGGGCUACGGGAAGCCGGUGGACUGGUGGGCCAUGGGGGUCAUCCUCUACGAGUUCCUGGUGGGCUGCGUCCCGUUCUUUGGGGACACCCCCGAGGAGCUGUUCGGACAGGUGGUCAGUGAUGACAUCAUCUGGCCAGAAGGAGACGACAUGCUGCCCUUCGAUGCUCAAGACCUGAUCACACACCUCCUCCGGCAGAUGCCCCGGGAGCGCCUGGGAACCGGCGGAGCUCCAGAAGUCAAGCAGCACCCGUUCUUCGUGGGUCUGGACUGGAACGGACUCCUGAGGCAGAAAGCCGAGUUCAUCCCUCAGCUGGAGGCCGAGGACGACACCAGCUACUUCGACACUCGCUCAGAGCGGUAUCAUCAUCUGGCCUCUGACGAAGACGAGGAGACCAACGACGAAGAGUCUUCCCUGGAAAUCCGACAGUUCUCCUCCUGGUCGCAUCGCUUCAGCAAGGUCUACAGCAGCACCGAACACCUGGCCACGCCCUCCAACCUGAGCUUCUCCUCUGACCGCAGCCACAGCGAGGAGAAGGAGGAGCGGGCGGACCCCCCGGGGUCCGCCCGCUCCUCCCUGAGCCCGGCGGACGGGGAGCGCCGGCCCGCGGCUCACCUGGCCAGCCUCCGCCCCCGGGCGUCCUCUAGCUCCUCCCCCUCCGAGAGGAGCACCAGUCCCCUGGUGAUGAGCAGCACCCACAGCCUGGAGGCCAUGCCCCGCUUCGCCCUGUCCACCGACGACGAAGCUGAGGUGGUCGUGUCCAACCUUCGGAGGAUCAGGAUCCGCAGCAACAGCACCGGAGCCAAGCACUCGUCCCCCAAGGACCCGGCCGGGCCCGCCGGGCCGCGGCGCUUCGGGAACCAGCUGGAGGUGCCGGACCGGCUGCCCUGUGGGGGGAAGGUCCCCAAAUCAGCCUCCAUCUCAGCCCUGUCCCUCAUCAUCACCACAGACGAUGUGGCCGGCGGCCUGCAGCCCGGCCCCGUCUCGCCGCGCUCGCUGUCCUCCAACCCGUCGUCCCGUGACUCCUCCCCCAGCCGCGACCUGGCGCUCCGGCCCUGCAGCCUGCGGCCGCCCAUCGUGGUCCGCACCACGGGGAAGAAGUCCGGCUUCACGCUGAGGGCCAUCCGCGUGUUCAUGGGCGACAGCGACGUGUACACGGUGCAUCACAUGGUGUCGGCUGUGGAGGAGGGCAGCCCGGCCCACCAGGCGGGCCUCCUCACCGGAGACCUCAUCACCCACGUGAACGGGGAGUCGGUCCACGGCCUGGUGCACCCGGAGCUGAUGGAGCUGCUCCUGAAGAGCGGCAGCACGGUGGCGCUCCAGACCAUCGCUCUGGAGAACACGUCCAUCGAGGUGGGUCCGGCUCGGAAGACCAAGCACAGAGGGAAGAUGGCCCGGCGCAGCAAGAAGAGCAAGAGGAGAGACAACUACGACAGGCGGCGCAGCAUCCUGAAGAAGCUCUCCAAGCAGAGCACCGCGCUGCACGGCAGCCGCAGCUUCAGCUCCGGCCUGCACCACUCCGUCUCCUCCAGCGAGAGUCUCCCCGGCUCCCCCACACACAGCCCGUCCCCCGGGCCGGCCACGCCCUGCCGGAGCCCCGCCCCCGACCGCCAGGCCUGCGACGCCGGCCACUCCCCUCAGAGCACGUCUCCGUGCUCCAGCUCUCCGAGCUCGCCGGCGGCUCACAUCCGGUCCGGCUCGCUGCACGGCCUGGGCGCCAAGCUGGGCCCGCAGCGCUACACCAAGGUGGGCCGCCGCAAGUCCACCAGCAACAUCCCGCCGUCGCCCCUGGCCUGCAACUCGUCGUCCACGCAGCCGCUCUCUCCUCAGCGCUCGCCCUCUCCUCUGUCCGGCUUCGCCAAAAGCCUCCACGGCAAGGCGCCGCCCCCCCCCGCCGCGGCGAGGCACGCGGUCCGGCCCCGCAGCGCCGAGCCGCCGCGCUCCCCGCUGCUGAAGAGGGUCCAGUCGGCCGAGAAGCUGUCGGGCGGCUACCACGCGGACAAGAAGUCGUACGCCUCCCGCAGGCACACGCUGGAGGUGCCGUUCUACUGCGAGGGCGAGCCGCCGGGGGAGCGCGAGGCCUCGGGCCCCCGCUGCUCCUUCCUGGGCGGAUACAUCGGGGGCCCGAGGCCGAGGGACUCGGAGCAGCUGGUGGUGAUGAGGAAGCUCAACCUGUCGGAGCGGAGGGACUCCUUCAAGAAGCAGGAGGCGGUGCAGGAGGUGAGCUUCGACGAGCCGGAGGAGAAGAGCGGCGCCGCGGUGCAGGAGGCGCCGGACCGGCUCGACCGGACCCUCGCCGGACCCCGGGGCGGCGGGGAGGGGGAGGGGAGGUUCACGCCGGUCCCCCAGAUCGCCGUGCAGGGCUCCACGGAGAGCGAGCGGGACGAGUGGGAGGCGUGUUCAGACGGAGAGGACGAGGCCCCGGGGCCGGAGGCGGGCGCCGCUUCCUGUCCGCCGGCAGGACUUCCUGUUGGCGGCCGCGGCGCCGCCGGACCCCCCGCGGAGGAGACUCCGCCAAAGGGCGUCUGAGGAGGUGCCGCCUCACGUCUCAGAAGUUAAAACUCAUCUACGAAUAAAAGUAGGAGAAGA